GUGGACCAAAUACAUGGUCCUAUCCGGAGACCGCAAGGAGAAAAUUUGCAGCCAACAUUUUGUGACCAGCGAUUUUAUAGAAAACACACGAUGGAAACUCAGGAAGACCGCAGUUCCAUCAGUGAAGCUGGAACAUUCGGUGAAAUAUGGAGGAUCCUGCUGCGUCACUAAAUGUAAACCCAGCAAACGAAAGACAAGUUUGCACCGUUUUCCGACUGGAAAGCAAAUCCGACGUAGGUGGAAGAUUGCCUUGGGUUUGAAAGAAGCUGAUGACACAACAGGCCUACUGAUUUGUAAUCGUCAUUUCAUGUUAUCUGAUUUUGUUAAAGUGACUUCCAGAUACUUGAAAGCUACCGCAGUUCCGUCCAAGAAGAUUAGUCGGAUAAUAAAGCUUCCACGAAGGGAUUUAAAGAAGCUAAAUUUGCCAAUCCACUUAGAAGAUCAUAAUUAUAGUGAGUAUGCCUGCCCACCGCGGAGUAACCGGAUAUGUUACGUCGAAGGAUGUCGAUCGAAAACGGAAGGGGACAUAAAACUACAUAAGUUUCCUGGUCGCAAAGAUGUUAGAUUCAAGGAGUGGAUACGAGUUUUAAAGUGUUCUAAACUACCUACGGCGAACUCUAAAGUGUGCAGUUUACACUUCUCGAAAUCUAAUUAUUUUCCCGGUGGAUCACGUUUAAAACGAGACGCCAUUCCAUCGUUGAAUUUCUCAAAUACAACUACCGGCUCGGACUCAACAAGUUCUUCUGAAGCUAGCCCCACGCACGGUUCUACCUACUGCCACGAAGAGGAUCAAGCGAAGAAAAAUACUUCAAGUGACCGGAUUUCGGAGAACCAAUCCACGCAUGUGCCGGUUUUCGUGGUGGAUUCGUGUGAGGAUCAUAACGAUGGUGAAAUCGGUGGAAAUAGAUCAAAUGAUUUUGCGGUUGGCCGGAGCUUUCAAGAAAGUCAAAUUUUAAACGAUGCUCUACUGCUUGACACAUCUCAGCUUUCGAUAAAUACACCGAUUGCGGAGAGCACCGCUAAAAAACCACCUGCGGAAAAAGAUAGUUUGCAGAAUUCAGUUAAGGCAAGCUUCAAAUCUGCAAUAUCUGCAAUAUCUAACUCACAAGUAAGCAAAGCUAAAUCCGAAAACUUCAUUUUGUCGGACUUGUUAUUGACAGACAAAGAGGUUAACAUUUGGACUGGCGUGCCAACUCUAGUCUUGUUGGAAGAAAUUUGUUUAGCUUGUAGAAAGCUUGAGACAUCUUUCUAUUGCAGACAGUUCAGCAUGCAUACUACCAAUCGCGUUAUUUUAACGCUGGCGAAACUGAAACAGAAUUUGUCAUUUGAAGCGUUAGGAAUAUUAUUCCGCAUAUCAGGCGUAACAGUCUCAAAUUAUUUUUCGCACAUGGUACAAAUAUUGCGCAGGGUUCUCAAACCAUUCGUGUACUGGCCAGCAAAGGAAGAAAUAUUAAAGAACAUUCCGUUGUGUUUUCGAGAACAUUUUCCAAACGUUACUAUCGUGCUCGACUGCACGGAAGUUCCAGUCGCGACACCGAAAUGCCUUAACUGUAGAAUUUCGUGCUAUUCGAAUUAUAAAGGUCGUCGAACAAUCAAGUUUCUAAUAGGAGUCACCCCCGCGGGACUAAUAUCGUUUAUAAGUAAUGCAUACACUGGCAAAUCAUCGGACAAAUAUAUCUUCAAUCAGGAGGAAAUUAUUAAUCGUCUGGAGGCACACCGCGACGAAGUGAUGGUAGAUAAGGGUGUUUCGAUUCAACAUGAAUGCCUCACAAAUCAUAUAAAAUUGCAUAUACCCCCAUUUAUGCGAAGUGAGCGGCUUAGUCCAUUGGAGGCCAGCAAUAACGAGGCCAUUGCCAAAGCAAGGAUUCAUGUUGAAAGGGUGAUUCAACGGAUUAAAAUUUUCAAUGUUUUAACUGACUGUGUAACACCUCCAAUCCUUGGACAUAUAGAUGACAUAACAAUAAUAGUUUGUGGAAUUGUAAACCUUUCUGCACCAAUUCUGGCUGAUAACAAGUUCUGA